GCUUGCUGUUGUACUGCUGUCUUGCCCAAGCUUGGGAGUUGAUGUACAGUACUUGUGCAAUUUGAACUGAUAUACUGGAUCUAUUCUACGUAUUUAUUUUCAGUGACUUGCUUUCCUUUCGUAUACUUUGCACUCCGAUCGUUUUUUGACCCACCGCUUACUGGACACCUGUAAAAAAAAGAGCUUCAUAGCUCAUUGUAUUUAUCCAGGAUUAAUAAAUAAAUGCCUGGCUCUACGGCGUCACGUGCCCGGCUUUUCUUGCACGCGGUCGCGUGGCACGCGGAACCGGAAGCGUCUCCCUUCCACCCCCCGCCCCUCCCCUCUCCCCCCGCGCCCCGCCCCUACCCCGCCCCUCGCCGCGCUCAGCACAGAAGCUCAGCGCGCCGGGUCACGACGGCCGGGUCAGGUCAGGUCGGGUCAGGUCGGGUCAAGUGUCUGCAGGGAUUGCGGUGACCUGAGCGUCUCAAGGGGUUGGCUUUGUCUGCAGCUGCUGUUACUGUCACGACACCGUGAGAAUCCAGUGGGCCUUUUCAAGAGCAGGAUCAGACAACGCUGCGCUUUCCAUCAUGAACCGAUUCCAGGCGUCAAGAUUCAGAAACACAACGGCGACCAUCGCCCAGAGACAGGACUGGCUGAGCGAGCUGCACGUGGACGCUGGGCUGUCCUCCGGGCGCCACAUCCAGGCCAGCGUCUGCCUCCUCGCGUUCUCCUCCGGAGCGAGCGGAGCACUUGGGGUGCUGCCCCUCAGCCGAUGGGGGCCCGUGAAUGGAGGCGUGCCGACUCUGCACUGCCACUCCGACAUCAUCACGGAUUUUGGUUUCUCUCCGUUUGAUGAUUUGCUGCUGGGCACCUGCUCUACUGACCACACGGUGAGGCUGUGGCGGCUGCCCGAGGGCGGGGUGGACAACGCGGCGUCGCCCCCGUCGCUCGUCCUGCCCUCGGCCCAAUCGAGCGUGGAGCUGCUGCGCUUCCACCCGGCGGCCGACGGCGUCCUGGCCAGCGCGAGCGGCGACGCCAUCACCGUGUGGGACGUGCUGGAGAAAGCGCCCUUGGCAGUUCUAGCAGAUCAUUCUGGCCAGGUCCAAGACUUCUCUUGGCAGCAGGGUGGGGUGCUGCUCACCUCCACCUGCAAGGACAAGAAACUGAGAGUGUUCGAUCCCCGACUGCAGCUCACAGCUGUGCAGGCUGUUAAAGGGCAUGCCAAUGACAAGGAUUCUCGUGUGCUGUGGCUUGGCAACCAAAACUUAAUCGUGUCCACAGGAUUCAGCCAGGUGAGAGAGAGAGAAGUGAAGCUCUGGGACGUGCGGAAACUCACCGGCUCCGUGUGCACCGAGACGCUCAACUCGUCCACAGGAAUCCUGCUUCCGCUCUACGAUGCCGAUUCAGGACUGCUCUUUCUGGCUGGAAAGGGAGACAACGUCGUGUACUGCAUGGAAGUGUCCGAGUCUCAGCCCACUCUCAGCCAAGUGUGCCAGUGCGUGACGGACGCGGUGACGCGUGGCGUGGCCCUGCUGCCCAAGCGGGCGCUGGACGUGAUGGGCUGCGAGGUGGCGAGGCUGCUGCAGCUGACGAGCACAACCAUCGUGCCCGUGCGGUACACGGUGCCGAGAAAGAACACGUUUCAGUUCCAUGCAGACUUGUUUGUGGACACGGCGGGAGACGUCGCUGCCAUGCUGGGCUCCGAGUGGUGGACGGGGCAGAACCGUGCGGUGGAGAAGGUGAGCUUAGAUCCAAAAAAUAGACAGGAAGGCAGGAACGCUUCGGCGAUCCUGAAAGCGGCACAGCAGCCCAAGUGCAGCACGACUCCCAGCGCGCCGCACGCGGACAACGCGAAGAAGCCACUGGCGGAGAAGAGCACUGGCGGCGUCACGGAGAAGCCCGAGACCGGCGGAGAGGACAGCAGCGGCAAGCCGGCAGGGAAGGCCCGCAGCCCGGGUGGCGCGAAGCGUCCAGCAGCUUACAGCAUUGUGGGUGUGACGUCCAAAUUCCGUCACAUGCGCGGCGUGGUGCUCCACCGCGACACUCACAUCGGCAACCUGCGCAACGUGAGCCUGACGACGCCCGGGGAGUGCGAUGGCAUGGCAGCCAACCACCGCUUCAUCGCCGUGCCCCUCGCCACCUCUGGCGGGCAACUCGCCGUGCUGCCGCUCUCACAGACGGGAAAGUUGCAAGACGCCGCCAUUCCCACGGUGCAGAACGGCACAGCCAUCGCGGACUUCUGCUGGGACCCGUUCAGCCCGUGUCGCCUGGCUGUGGCGGGAGAGGACGGGCGAAUUCGGCUCUGGAUCGUCCCAGAGGAGGGUCUCAGCAGCACGCUCACCGAGCCCCGUGUGGUGCUCUCCGGCCACACCGAGAAGAUUUACUCCAUCAAGUUUCAUCCCUUGGCUGCCGACGUGCUAGCAUCCUCCUCGUACGACAUGAGCGUGCGCAUCUGGGAUCUCAAGUCCAAGAGGCAGCUCAUUCAGCUGGAGGGUCACAGUGAGCAGAUCUUCUCCUUGGCCUGGAGUCCAGACGGGCAGCGGCUGGCCACGGUCAGCAAGGAUGGGAAAGUGAGAAUCUUCAACCCUCGUCAAUCCACCAAACCGAUGCAGGAGGGACCUGGCCCAGCCGGCAGCAGGGGCGCCAGGGUGGUCUGGGCUUUGCAGGGGACUCGGCUGCUCAUCUCGGGGUUUGACAGCGGCAGCGUGCGCCAGGUGUCCCUGCAUGACGCCGGCGCCCUGGCUGCCGGGCCCGUGUCCAAAGUGUCGGCCGACGUGUCGCCCUCCACGCUCAUCCCCUUCUACGACCCUGACUGCCACCUCGUCUUUCUCACGGGGAAGGGCGACACACGCGUCUUUGUGUACGAGCUCAGCACCGAACCGCCGUACUUCCUCGAGUGCUCGGGCUACAGCUCCUCCGAGCCUCACAAGGGAAUGGCGUUCCUGCGCAAGACGGAGUGUGACGUGCGCGACGUGGAGUUUGCGCGCGCCCUGCGUCUGGGGAACAGCACCAUCGAGCCCCUGGCGUUCAGCGUGCCGCGUGUUAAGAGGGAGUACUUCCAGGAUGACCUGUUCCCCGACACGCUGGUGUGGUGGGAGGCGGCGCUCACGGCAGACGCCUGGUUUGCCGGCACAGACGGCAAACUCAAGAAGCGCAGCUUGUGCCCCGACGAUAUGCUUCCACUGUCGAGCGUCCCGCGAGAGGAGACGACCAGAAAGUACGCCGGUGGCAACUCCUACGCCGAGGAGAAGUCGGACCAGCAGAAGAAAGAGGAGCUGCUGAAUGCCAUGGUCUCGAAGCUCUCCUCGCGGGAUGAUCCUCUACCUCAAGACGAGAUGGAGGGAGUGGAUGACGAUGAAUGGGAUGAUUGACGCUCACGUUGGAGCUGCUGGGUCACAGCCCAGGCCAGCGUGCCCGGCUAGUGACGCCGUCCAGGCGGAGGGCGUCAGGAUGUGUCUGGUGGUGGUGGUGAUCCAGGAGCACCGUGAAUACAGGGUGCUUUGUACGACCUCUUGCUUUUUCUUGCACACGAUUCGGAGUGUGUGGUAUUUUCCAAAAUAACUGAUCACCGUGUUGACCACAGUAGAUAUUGGCCUUUGAAAACCUACAUUUUUUAUGAAUUACCUGAAAUCAAUAGGUAAAUAAGGUAUUCAAUACUCGUUGGUUAUUUCGGUAAAGUCACGUAGAUAUAAAAGAACCAAAGAGAGUGGAUUCCUGCAGUCACGAAAGCUUCAAAUCAAGGUAUUAAAUACAUGAAAAUUAUCAUAACACAAAAAAAUGUAGAAAGAACCAAGAAUACAAAAAAAUGUGUUAUAAUAAAAGAAAGUACAAAGUAUUAAAUAAUAGUUUAUAAAUUAACUUGAGCACAUCACUUUAUCUCUCAUCACUUAAUCUCGAUUCGCAGAUAGCCAACAUCGGGGAUACCAAGUUCGUGCCGUACUUCACUUGAAAUGCACGCGAGUUUGUAAAACUUUGAUGAUUGUAAUCCAUGUCCACUAACCCGCAUUGACCAGCUUGGUGAAGUUUGGCAGAGAGGGCCCCAUGUCCAAAACAAUGUACGGAGGCCUUCAUCCAACAGUGGAUUGAUAAAGGACUGAAAAUUAUUGCUUUAACUAAUUCUUUUUAUAUAAAUGUAGCUUUACUUAGCCUAAAAUACAUGCUUUGAAUUAUCAAACUAAACAAAAACAUAACUUGAACAGUUAAAAUACUUGUGUAAGUUCUAAUGUUGUAAACCUUUGUCAGAUGACCGUUUUUUAAAGGCGCUUAAGAACGAUCAAGUUGGGACUCUUAACGGACCAUGCGUUUGCCUGACACCCCCAAUGCAUGCUAAGGUGGUGUGUGACCCUUAGAUUAAGGGGUGAUCUUAAAAUUUUACUCAGAAUGCAUUUUUUUUCCAUUUUCGUUGACGAAUUAAAUUCUUUGGCAAGCUCAAAAUGAUGGGACCAUUUAAAAUAAAUAAAAUACUGUUUGUAGAACAUGGGAAUGAAGUUCGACUCAAGCAGCACACGUCGUGUGUAUGGAAAUAAUAGCGGGCAUUAAACGUGAAGGGGCACCGCAGUGGCGAGAAAAGUGAAUGCAAAUAUUUAAAAUAACCAAAUAUAAACCAGAGCAAAUACAAAUGAAAGCAAAACCAACCAUGAGGUCACUCACUCACCCACAAGAACAUUGACCCUCGAGGUUACUCAGCAACUCACUUGGCCAACCAGGCACCCAAUAAGCCACGAGCUACGAGGCCACUCGCCCACUCGGCAAUUCAGCCCCCCAUCAGAUCAUUCAGCUACCAACCAGUGCACCCACUCACCAACCAAGCCACCCAGCCACCCACGAGGUCACACGGCCUGCCACGAGGCCAGGGGUCAGCAACCUGCAUCUCCAGAGCCGCUUGCGGCUCUUUAAGGACAGCUUUGUGACAUUUAGUAAGGACCACCAUAUCGUAUUCACACGCAUUGUGGCUCUUUAAAGAGGGUUUUUUUUCCGAAUUCAAAAAAAUGGCUUGUUAUUUUGGUAGCCAACCCCUGCACUAGGCCAACCAGCCAACUACUAGGCCAGCCACUCGGUCACAAGGUCAUUCACCCACGAAGCCACCCACUAGAUCAAGGUCAUUCACCCACGAAGCCACCCAGCCACCCACUAGAUCAAGGUCAUUCACCCACGAAGCCACCCACUAGAUCAAGGUCAUUCACCCACGAAGCCACCCACUAGAUUAAGGUCAUUCACCCACGAAGCCACCCACUAGAUCAAGGUCAUUCACCCACGAAGCCACCCAUUAGAUCAAGGUCAUUCAUCCACUAAGCCACCCACGAGAUCAAGGUCAUUCACCCACUAGGCCAUAAGGCCAUUCACCCACGAAGCCACCCAGCCACCCACUAGGUCACAAGGUCAUUUAUCCACAAAGCCACCCACUAGAUCAAGGUCAUUCACCCACUAGGUCAAAAGGCCAUUCAUCCACGAAGCCACUAGAUCAUCCACCUACGAGGUCACAAGGCCAUUCAACCACUAGGCCACAAGGCCAUUCACCCACUAAGCCACCCACUAGAUCAAGGCCAUUCAACCACUAGGCCAGAGAGCCAUUCACCCACGAGGCCAUUCAUCCACCCACAAGGCCACGCAUGUGGCAGGCAGGCAGGCGAGGCAGGUCCCAUACCGGCAGGUCUCGGCACACGCCAAGCAAGGUGCAGUGAGAGUGUCACCAAGCUGGCAGGGUUCGAAGGACUUGGGUAUGGUAUUGGUGGUGGGUUGAGGUGGCUGCAACGCCGACACUGCCGAGAUCCACCGUCACCGUGACACUUCCGAGGUAUUGACAUUGAUACGAACACCGUGCUGAGAUCGUGGUGGGUUUAACGACACAUUUAUAUUUACGCGAUCUAACCCCGAUAAAUCACCAUGUGUUCUAGAUAGUGCAUUGCCCUUGUACUGGCCUGACACUGCUAGUCUAGGCCACGAACAAGGCUGCCGUUUCUGGUGCAGGCCAGAUAUUUUCAGAGCGUAUUUGUGUUUGCAUGUUCACCACAAAGUGCUGUGUGUGCUUAAUACAGACUGAUUCCUUGCAAAAGAUGUAUAUUUGGUGUUUGAACAUCUUAACACAACAACUAUUGCAUAGCCACAAAGGGGUAACACAUUCCUAUUGUUUCUAGCACGACCAAACAAUUUGCUGCAAGCCCGUUUUAGAAGAGCAUUCGAAGUAGCCCUCUAACACUUUAAACGUUUUCCCUUUUUUUACAUUUAAAAACUUAAUUUGUGACAUUGUUAAGCAAAGACAUAAAACCACUUUUUUGGAUGUAAAAAAUAAAAGCACGGAAUCUUAAACAGCAAA